CCUUUAUUUUCCAAAACCUUCUACAAAGAUGAGAUGGUGGGUCAAGUUACUGUCGAAUCUCUGUCAAUGUAUUAUCUAUCUUCUCUCUCACACCAACACACUCACAACGACAAGAGAGAGAGAUAUAUAGAAAAGAGUAAAGAGAUAGAGAGAGUCACCAAAUAGACCAAACCCUGAAGUUAAAUUCACACCAGCUACUUUGAUCAUUAACCACAUCCAUAAACACACACACCCUUUCUCUCUUUCCUUGAACUACAGCUUCUUUCAAUGGCGAAACCAAACACACAUGACUUUGCCUCCAAGAGACACAACAGUUUCCACUGGACAACCAAAGUCGGAUCAGACGAAAACGACGACGUUUCUUCCCGUAACCCUCUCCCCGACAACACUAAACCCGUUUCCAAACACAACCCUUCCUCUUCCAAAAGAAAGCUCCAGACUUUCGCCGUCUCUCGUCUCCGUUCAGUCAUCUCCUCUCUAAGCAGAGCCCGACCCGGCAACAACAACUCCGGACUCGGGUCCCGGGUCGUGGGCACCCUCUUCGGAUCACGCCGCGGACACGUGCAUUUCUCCGUCCAGAAGGACCCGACUUCCCCGCCGGCGUUUCUCAUCGAGCUCGCUACUCCGAUCAGUGGACUAGUCAAGGAGAUGGCUUCAGGGCUCGUGAGGAUUGCUCUGGAGUGCGACAAGGCCAAAGAGGAAGCUAAAGAAGACGGUGACCGCCGUCCACGGCGGUUGGUGGAGGAGCCGGUGUGGAGGACUUACUGCAACGGGAAAAAGUGCGGGUUCGCGGCGAGGAGGGAGUGCGGUGAGAAGGAGAAGAAAGUUCUCAAGGCGCUCGAGAUGGUUUCCAUGGGGGCAGGAGUUUUACCGGAGACGGAGGAGACAUCCGGCGGCGGCGGCGGUGGCGGAGGAGGAGAGAUAAUGUAUAUGAGGGCGAAGUUCGAGAGAAUCGUGGGGUCGCGUGACUCUGAAGCUUUCUACAUGAUGAAUCCUGAUAGCAAUGGGGCGCCGGAGCUCAGUAUCUAUCUGCUCAGAAUCUGAUGAAGAAGAUGAUCAUACCAAAGCCUCUAGUCCAGAAAGAGGUUUAUCGGUUAAGGAAGAUUGUCCGGUUUAGUUACUUUAAACUGUCGGUUAAGUGAGAAUUAAAGUUCGGUUUAGAUGAGGAUGUGAUCGAUCGAUGGAUGAUGUGUUAGAGCAUGUUGGUUUUCUUUUUGGGAGGUGGGUUUAGGAGGUUUUAAAAUUUGGUAUAUGGAAUAUGUAAAUGUAUAAAUUUCACUUUUUAAAAAAAUGUGUAAUCUUUUUGUUGUU